AUGGCUUCCUCUGUAGCUGCAUGCAUCUUCUCUCCGCAAGCUCUUGGUCGAUCCAAUGGAGGCACUCGAAAAGCCAGCAGCAAGCCCCUCGCCAAAAGGCUGUCCAAGUCCAACCCCAGCCCCAAGCACAACAACCGCAGAGCUCGCACCGCCUCACGCGACUUCCCGCCGCCGCCGCCCUCCUCCACCGCGGGGGGCGACGCCACCACCUACACUCGUCUCCCUCCCAAGGAUGACUUCUUCCUUUAUUCGUUUGACUCUUCAUAUCAGUCGGCCGCCGAGGUCAAGCUGUCCGAACCCAGUGCGACGACUCGGAGGAGUUCUAGGAGAGGCACUGAGCGUGAAAGUGAUAGCUCGAGCGACGAAGAAGAGUCGUUUCAUACGAAUUUAGGGCUUUCGUGCGGAAAAUUUGAGGUCUUCGAGGUGAAUUCUGAUCAGGAAGAUGAAUAUGAUGACAGUGUAUCCCCAUUGAAUGGGAGGACUCCAAGGAUAUCCAGGAAGGGCGUUGAGCCUCAAAUUUCUGGAUUAAUCAGCGAAGAAGAGGUUUUCGACACUAAUUUAGGGAUUUCGCACGAGAAAUUUGAGUUGUUCGAGGUGAAUUCUGAUCCAGAAGAUGAAGAUGACGAAGGGGACUACGGUGAGGACGAUAAUGUCGAUGAUGUUCUAGGGUUUUCAGGCGGGGAAGCUGAGGACGUGUUUUCUGGAGGUGAAAUUGAAGGAGAGGAAGUGAAGGUGAAGGAGAAAGGGGUGCCGGCGGUGAUGCGAUGCUUUGACAGGGCGAAGAUCUAUGUGAAGGCCGGUGAUGGCGGGAAUGGAGUGGUGGCGUUUCGGAGAGAGAAAUACGUGCCUUUGGGGGGACCAUCCGGUGGGGAUGGCGGCAGAGGUGGAAACGUGUAUGUUGAAGUUGAUGGGUCGAUGAACUCACUGCUGUCCUUUCGGCAGAGCAUUCAUUUUCGGGCAGGAAGGGGCCAACACGGGCAGGGGAGGAAGCAAAACGGAGCUAAAGGGGAAAAUGUUGUGGUGAAAGUGCCACCAGGGACAGUGAUAAGGGAGGCUGGGAAGGAGGGAGAGACAGGGAAGGUGCUUUUGGAGCUGUUGUAUCCAGGGCAGAGAGCUCUGUUGUUGCCCGGGGGGAGAGGAGGGAGAGGCAAUGCGUCUUUCAAGUCGGGGACCAACAAGGUACCAAAGAUUGCAGAGACUGGAGAGGAAGGUCCAGAAAUGUGGUUGGAAUUAGAGCUGAAGUUGGUGGCAGAUGUUGGAAUAGUUGGUGCUCCAAAUGCUGGGAAAAGCACAUAUCUUAGCGUUAUUAGUGCUGCUCAGCCAGCUAUUGCAAAUUAUCCUUUUACUACCUUACUUCCAAAUCUUGGUGUAGUUUCAUUUGAUUAUGAUACUACAAUGGUAGUGGCAGAUCUACCAGGUUUACUUGAAGGAGCACACCGAGGUUUUGGUUUAGGACAUGAGUUUCUCCGGCACACUGAAAGGUGUUCUGCUCUGGUACAUGUUGUUGAUGGAUCGUCACAGCAACCGGAUUUUGAAUUUGAUGCUGUUCGUCUAGAGCUGGAAUUGUUUAGUCCCGAACUUGCUGAGAAGCCUUAUUUAGUUGCCUAUAACAAAAUGGAUCUUCCAGAUGCAUCUGAAAAGUGGAUGUCAUUUAAGGAAAAGCUGCAAGCUUAUGGUAUUGAACCCUUUUGCAUGAGUGCUGUGAAAGGGGAGGGUACUCAUGAAGUGAUCCGUGCUGCCUAUCAGCUUGUACGCAAAACAAGGGAAGAGAGGAAGGAAGAAGGUCGGAGUGGUCCAGAAAACUUGAACCAUGUGGCUGACAUGGUGCAGAAGCAGCGAGCUGCCCCCAUUGAUGAAUUUGAGAUAUCGCAUGACAGCAGUAUGAGGACAUGGCAUGUUGUUGGAUCUGGAUUACAAAGAUUUAUUCAGAUGACAAACUGGAGAUACAAAGAUUCCGAGAGAAGAUUCCAGCAUGUUAUGGAGGCAUGUGGCUUGUACAAAUCUCUCAUUAGACAUGGGGUAAAGGAGGGUGACACUGUCAUUGUUUCUGAGGUGUGUUUAUAUUGA